AAGAAAGACAAUAAGUGCAAAGUUGUAAACAGUUGUUGAUCUAAAGAAAAUGGCGGACGAAGUGAGUCUUCUUGAUUAUUGGCCAAGCAUGUUCGGUAUGAGGACGAAGAUGGCUUUGGCUGAGAAAGGAGUGGCUUAUGAGUACGUGGAGACAGAUCCAUGGGUUAAGACUCCUUUACUCAUCGAGAUGAAUCCAAUUCACAAGAAGAUUCCGGUUCUCAUCCACAAAGGUAAACCGAUCUGUGAAUCUCUUAUCCAGCUUGAGUACAUCGAUGAGGUUUGGUCUGGUACGUACCCAAUGCUCCCCUCUGAUCCUUACCAGAAGGCCCAAGCUAGGUUUUGGGCUGAUUUCAUUGACAAAAAGUUUUAUGACCCAUCAUGGAAAGUAUGGGGAACAAAGGGAGAAGACCAAGUUGCAGCGAAGAAAGAGCUGCUUGAGCAUUUCAAGACACUUGAAACAGAGCUUGGAGACAAGACUUACUACGGUGGGGAAGUGUUUGGGUUCGUAGACAUUGCGUUGAUGGGUUAUUACAGCUGGUUCAAAGCAAUGGAGAAGUUUGGUGAGUUCAGUAUCGAAACAGAGUUCCCAAAAUUGAAUGAGUGGACCAAGAGGUGUUUAAAGAGAGAGAGCGUGGUUAAGGCAAUUGCUGAUUCUGAUAAGAUCAUUGAGUAUGCUUAUGCUCUAAGGAAGAAGUUUGGAGCCGAGUAGAGAUGCUUUUGAUGUUUACCGAACUUGGUAUGAACACACAUAAGAUGGUUCGGUAUCAUGUUCUGUUCUUAUGCUAAAUUUGUACUGUUUUCUUUCUCCUGUAUUUUCUUUGUUUGUGUACUUUCUAGUUUCUAAAAGCAUGAAAAUCCAUAAUAAAUAAAUGUUUGAACUGAUGAAUAUCUAAAUUUCGUCACCAAAUCAAGAAAACCGAU